AAAGGGCCUGGGAGCCAGAGGAUGAGAGAAGCCAGAGCUCCCAGCCAGAUACAUGUGCCAGACCUUCCUGUCGCAGGCUCAGGAGGCAGAGCAGGCAGCUCCAGAGAUGCGUGGAGGGUGACGGCUGUCACCUCUGAGCGGCUCAGCCACGCGGAGUUCUUAUCCAUGGAGAGGCCAUACACGGUCCUGCACGUGAGCCUGUACCACCCCUCGCUGGGCCCCCACCACACCUCUGCUGGCAUUCCAUCGCAGCUGCAGCAUGACACCAGUCCACUGCUGGUGGGGCGGGGGCAGGACGCCCACCUGCAGCUGCGACUCCCCCAGCUCUCCCGCCAACACCUGUCCCUGGAGCCCUACCUGGAGAGGGGCAGCUCCGUGCUGGCCUUCUGCCUCAAGGUGCUCAGCCGCAGGAGCCGCGUGUGGGUGAACGGGCUGCCACUGAGGUUCCUGGAGCAGGUGCCACUGAGUCCUGGCAGCAGGGUCUUCUUCUCCGGCGUCCAGAUGCUGGUGCAUGUGGAGGGUGGUCCCUGUCUGGAGGCCUUCGUCUGCCGCUUCCAUCUUAGCCCCUCGCCCCUGAUAGGCCGACCCCAGGCUGAGGAGACUGACGAGAAGGAAACCUUCCACCAGGAGCAGCCUCUCCCAGGUUCAGGGACCACUGGUUCCCCGGACUUUCCCCAUGGCCCUUCUCAGACUGCAGAUGAUGGUCUCCAGCCGAGUCCUGCAGGAGGAGCCAAGAUUCAGCCCCGGAGGGAGCCCUGGGACUCUGCCCUCUGCUAGCCACACCUUGGAGAGCAUGGCUUGACUGGUACAGACCUGAAUAUCUCUGAGCCACAUCAUGGAAGGUGACAUGUGAGGCCUGCUGGCCACCUUGCUCCUGAU